CGCAAAAUACUGAUCGAAGGAUGCUUAUCAAGUUUUCAGUUUUCCUAUUAGUGAGCUUAAUAUGAGUAAAUCUAAAGAAACUCUUAUAAUGGAAGUGGUUCUGUCAUAUUUAAAUAGACAGAAUCGUCCUUAUAGUGUACUAGACGUGUUUAAUAACCUUCAUAAAGAAUAUGGUAAAACAGCCGUGACUAAAGCCAUUGAACAACUUUCUCAAGACGGUAAAAUCGUGGAGAAAACCUAUGGGAAACAGAAAAUUUAUUUUGCUAACCAAAGCCAGUUCCCGGAUGUUGAAGAAAAAGAACUGAAUGCCAUGGAUGCUGAAAUUCUUACUUUGUCCGGAACAUUAAAAGAGAUCCAGUCAUCAGUAAGAUCGAAAGAAUCCUUAUUAGAAGCUCUAAACAGUAGUAUGAUUACAGAAGAGAUUGAAGUUAAACUUAAGGAACUGAAUAAGGAUAUUGUAAAUUUGAAAACUAAACUAAAUCAUUUGAAAUCCACAACCGUUUACAUAGAUCCUGUUCAAAAAAAUAAAAUUUAUACAGAAAAUGAAAAGUGUGUCAAAGAAUGGCGCAAAAGAAAGCGAGUGGCCAAUGAUGUAAUUGAAGCAAUAUUAGAAGGAUAUCCAAAAGGAAAAAAAACCCUUUUGGAAGAGAUUGGAAUUGAAACUGAUGAAGAUGCAAAUGUAGCAGUUCCUUAGACAUGGACUGAUGAUGGAGUUUAUAAUUCAUUAACCAAAUAUUAUAAUAUUUUAUUUAUACUGCCAAAAGAUAAUUAGAUAGUUAUCCUCAUAAGCAAAAAUUGGUGGUUAAUGUUGCCUAUUUUAGUAUUUAUUUUGAAAGUUAUUUUCCAAAAAGAAAAUUAAAUAAUUUAAUCUGUUAAUUACUUAAUAAUAAUAUGUUUGUGAAGUUUAGUUUGUUAGUGGGUUAGGAAAAAAAAAGAAAUUAGUAAAUUUUUUUAUGGCUAAAUUUUUAGAUUGGUGUUUGUUGAAUUUUUGUGUGUGUGUGAUAUGGCAUUUGAUUCUAAUAAUCUUAUAAUCCAGAGAUAAACCUGACUACAUAUUGAUUAAUCUUAUUACUUGAUAUACAUAUUUUUUAAAGAUUAAGAUAGAAUAUUUCUCAGGUAUAUUGCAACUCAGGUUGAAUUAGGAGAAAAUCAGCUUCAUACUUACCUCAAAAUACAGAUUUUGAUCUUUGGGUUAUGUACAAAGCAUAAUGUUAGGAUUUUUAUGUGAUUUAUAAAUAUUAGAAAACGAUAACAUAAACUGUGUAGAAGGUAAAGAAAAGCAUCCAUAGGAAUGAUUCGGUCUUCUUUUUUUUUCUAUUUUGUGUGUGUGGAUAGUGGUUUAAGAUGUGCUUAAACAGAGUAUCUUUCAAAGCUGAUAUUUUACUAAAAAGUAUAUGUAGAUAUCAGUUUUAUGAAACAUUAGUUAUGUAAAUAUAUGUGUAUUGCUUUUGAUUGUUACAGACCACCUGAUCAGACAAAUGAUGUAAGUGGGAAUUGUAUAAUGAGAUCAAGACUGCUACUAGUAAAGCAGUAAUCAUGAAAGCUUUGGUUAUAGAAGCAUUAAAUGGUAAUAUGGAGUCAAAUAGUGAGGGAGAGAGGUUUCUUGAAGUGAUUCAGGAUGAUGUUUUAUUCCAAGUGGUCAAGAAGUCAACCAGAAAGGAUGUCAUUUUAUAUUUAUUGUUAACCACUAAUUUGGAUGUCAUUACAAUUGUUGAUGUGGAGAAGGGAAGUUAUUGCCUAAUUAGGUUUGAUGUUUUGUUACUUUAGGACAGGGGUCUCCAAACCUUUUUGGACAAGGGCUGGGAGGUAGAUCUUUUUUUAGGCUUCGUGGGCUGGAGUGGUCAUGGUAAGAUUAAGUAGGGGUUCAUACAUGAUCAGAAUACAACAUCACUAAUUUAUUUCUCAUAAGAGCACAUAUUGAAAAUAUCAUUUUAUUACUUUAAUGAACUGUUGGCGGGCCGUAUCGCAACUAGAUUGGCUUUUGCUCAAUUAUGUUUAAUUUUUUUGUUUUAUAAUGUUAAAGAAUUAUAUUAUUACCUUAAUAAACUGUUGGCAAGCCAGAUAAACCAAAGUUGCGGGCCAUAGUGUAGAGACCCCUGCUUUAGGAUAUCAAGAAAAAUGAAAUUUAAUACCCAAUUUUUAGAAAGCCAAUUGUCUGAUUAGUAAAUUUGGAUAAUGUGUAGAAAAAUGAUGUGGAACAGAGUUGGGAAAAGUAAGAAAAAAAAUUAAAUUCAAAUUAGGCAUGUUUCCAAAAAAAGAUAAAGAAAAUUGGGGAUAAAUACCACAAGUUUAAAAAGAUUAAUUAUUACUAUUUUCAAAGGGGUACUAAACGUUGCCCUAGAACUUGUAAGCCAAUUAAUUUAUUUCUUUAGUGGGAAAAAUUCUAGUGAGUGAUAAAAGAAGCUUUAAUAAAUUAUUUGUAUAAUAUGAUAUAAAAACAAACAAACAUGGAUUCACCAAAGUGAAACAAUGCUUUACUAAGCUUAGCUCUUUUUGAAGAUGUUAUACGUCAACUACUUGUCCAACUUAUCAACUAAUCCAUAUCAUUUUUUAGCACCUCAAUAAAGCUACAAAUACUCAAGA